AUGGGUCUCUUCGGGUGUUUCGCGAGGCCGACCUCCCGGACGCACACUCGCCAAGACAGCGGGUCCCCCGGCGGCCACCUGCCACGGGAGGUCGCGGACGUGCUCCUCGCCUCGGCCACAGAGCAAGCGAGCACGUUCGUCGCCCGGCGGCGGCGCUUCGGCGCCAUGAUUGAGAGCGACGCAGGCAGCGUCGGAGCCACCAACUGCUGGACCGGGCCGGACGAGCCCGUCCUCCGACUCCGGCCCGCGAGGUUCCAGGCGCAAGGGGCGCCAGAGAGCUUCCAGAGGCCCGAGCAGCAUGACGUGGACACCGACAGCAUUCUGUGCCCUGGCAUCGCCCUGCCCGCGGGCGCCCGCGAGCCCGUCGGCGGCCCCGCGUACGAGGCGGACGCGCCGAGCAGCGACGACGGGUCGCUCGUCGAGGCGCGGAGCGCCAGCGCCCCCAUGCUGGACAAGAUGCUGGGCGGCAUUCAGCUGCCCCGGGACUCCCGUGCCGGGCAAAACGAGCCCGCGGACGGCAAGAAGUACUCGCGCACGCACGCCGGCUGCCUCGUCGGGAAAGCCGCCGUCGCCGCGCACGACGACGAGGACGAGCGCGGCAGCGCGGAGAUGUCGGACGGCGACAGGCUGGCGGUGACGCAGGAGCUCGCUGAGGACGGGGACGGGGGCGCGGGCGCGGGUGCGGCGGUGGAGGAGAGCACGGUCACGCGCAGGAACAUCGAGAUCAUGCGCAAGCAGUCGCAGCGCCGCGGGAGCCUCACGGACGCCAAGGAGAAGGCGUACGCGCAGGCGAAGCAGCAGACGACCACGCAGGCGUACGCGCCUUCGCUGGGCGGCGCGGGGGCCGCGGAGGGCGGGAGCGGCAUCGUGCGGACGGACGGGCGCCGCAGCACCGCCUGCCCGGCCGGGGCGGUCGAUGACCGGAGCCACUCCAUCUGGCAGCGCAACACGUCAGGCUCGCGGUACCACCUGCGGGGCCGGGACCCGUCCGCGGCGCUCAUGGCGCGCGCGGGAGGGUCGAUGGCGCCGCUCGGCGCCGCCCCGAGGAUCUGA